UUUUCUUAUACGGCAAUUUGCGUUAAUUAUUUGCACGAAUUUUCAUCAAUUUAAGCGAAAAUGUGUGAUUCCGAUAACGAGGAGUUCGAGAGUGCAGAUGAAGAUUUCGAAGAUACGAAGAAACCACAGCAGAUCGGCAGGAAAGCUGACGCCCUUCCUCCUGCGCCGAAGUCUGACGUGGAACCUAUCAGCAACAGCUCCAGCGGGAAGCUGACUGAAGAUGAUGGCAGUGGCGUUGACUCGCUGGGUAAAUCAAAAGAUGAGCCGAAAAAGAGUGGAGUAAAGAAAAUCAUCAAACCCGAUAAAGAAAGGCUGAAGGAGACAAAGCUGGUGAUAGGGAAUGUGGAGGAAAAGAAGCAAACUAAACAGGAAGCUAGUGUUAAAGCUGAAGCUACAUCUGGUGAUGGUUGGGAGGAUUUUGAUAACGAUUGGGGCGAUUUUAGUGUGGAAGCCGGUUCGGGAGUUGAAAAACCGAAGGAGGUUGUCCAUGACAAGCCUCAAAUGAAAACCAGCUACAAGGAUGUGGACAUUGAUGAGGUGGAGAACAAGCUGAAGGAUUUUAUGAAAGGUCAAGAUGAUCCGCCGGUGAGUUCAGUGCUGGAUCGAUUGUCCAAUCAGGAUGCGGAUAAAUCGGCGACCGGUCAAUCAUGGGGUGGAUGGAAACCAAGCUGGGGAGGGGCUGCCGUGUCGUUCCUGUCAUCAGCGUCGAAAAGUGUCGCCUCGAUUACAACCAACAUUUCUCAGGCGAUUGAAUCCGGAAUCGGUGUCCCUAAUCCGGAAGAGCUUGCCAAGCGUCAAGCGGAGGAGAAAGCCAAACUCAAAGAGGAUGGUUACGUUCCGGAAGAGGACCAACAUCCACGGGUGGCACCGAGUGCUACAACGGACCGUUUUGGAUUCGACCAGAUUGUUUCGGGCGUAACGCAAAUCAGUAGCAAAGUAAUCACCGGAGGAUUAGAUACGCUUGAAGGAAUUGGCAAAAAGACGAUGACAAUUCUACAAGAGAACGAUCCCGGUCUGUUGAGCAAGCGAAUGAACGAUGGAGUCAUACUGAGUCAGGUUCUUCGUGAAGCGAAGGAGAAAACUGAGGAAAGGGAAAAGAAUUUGAAGCAAGUCCAAAAGCAUCUCUACAAGAAGAAGUUACACUUCGAAACCCUCUUCGAUGAUUACCAUGGAUUGGUUCACUUGGAAGCGCUAGAGAUGCUUUCAAAGCAGGCAUCCUUAAAAUUGGACUCCUUACUGACUCCAUUAACCGGCAAAGCACUGGAAGACCUACAGGAAACCAUGAAUGAGGUGAAGGAACUAUGCGAACUGCCCGAUUCGGAGAACGACGAUCCGGAUGGCACGCACAGUGUCAUAGAAUUAGAGCAAAAACUCAAAGAAGCCGUGACAGAUCUGGACGAAGUGAAGGUAAAUUUCGAAGAUCUGCUCAAAUGUUGGCAAGAUAAUCUCGACUGGGUUGAAGAUGAGUCGUCCCCGCGAACAUCGCAGACAAUUUUCGAAAAAGCCAUGCAUGCACUCGCUCAGACAACGGCUCUCUGCGUGCUACGAAUGCACAAACUAGCCGAAAUUCUGCUGAUACUCGAUCAUCACAGUACAGCGAACGAAGCCGAUGCCUUGGUUCAGUUGACUACGGUUUUCUGCUGGCAUCUGAGCGGAGUGGCUGCACGAUUUUCCGGCGAGCUAAGCAAACUGAAGGGUGAUAACCAAAUGCGCCGGUCUACUGGCGAAGACAGUGAUAAUGCGCUGAUAACGAAUAUUUUCUUAGAGGGAUCCAAUAGUACUUCAUACGUUCAGAACGCUUUCCAGUUAUUCAUCCCGAUUUUACAAAUAGGCGCUGCAUAGUCAAUCUUUGAAGUAUCAGAGUUACGAGUGUUUCUAUUCUUAAAAAUCCAAUCAAGGUGUUUUAUCGGUUAUUUACAUGAAACAAUGUUUAUUAUUCUUGUAUGUGUAUAACAUUUUCGAUGAGAUGUACCUAUUAAACUAUUCCUUUAGCAAAAUA